UUGGGUGAUUGCGAAACUGUCAAAAUUGGUGCAUUGAUGGAUGAAUCAACUUUACACUAUUUAUUUGUUUUCUAUUUUAAUAAGUGAAAUUUAACAAUUUUAAUAGAAUAAAAGCGUGGUGCGUUUGUGCUUGCUUAUCACCAUAUUAUAAGGUUGUCCUCAAUAUUAGGGUUUACGUGUAAUUUCGAAGAAAACCAUGGAAGAUAUAUUUCAGUGGUGCAGAGAAGGAAAUGCCUUGCAAGUGCGAGUUUGGCUGGAUGAUACCGAACAUGACAUGAAUCAGGGAGACGACCAUGGCUUCAGUCCCUUACACUGGGCGUGCAAGGAGGGCCACAUCAAGAUUGUGGAGAUGCUUAUGCGCAGAGGAGCUCGGAUCAACGUCACCAAUAUGGGGGAUGACACCCCGCUGCAUCUGGCUGCGGCUCAUGGACACAGACCUAUUGUCCAAAUGCUCCUACAAAACAGAGUUGACGUAAACUUCACGAAUGAGCACGGCAACUCUCCGCUCCACUACGCUUGCUUCUGGGGUUACACUGCGAUCGCUGAGGACUUGGUUAUGGCCGGGGCGCUGGUGUCUAUGGCCAACCAGUAUGGGGACACUCCCCUUGACAAGACUAGAGGGCAACUUGUUCAGAGAUUGCACGAUUUAGCCAUCCAGCAAGGGCAGGACAUGAAGAAGAUCCAAUUCAAGGACCAGUCAUGGCUCGGGCUGAAGACUCGAAGCCGCGACGCGACUCUGUCCCGCCACAAGGGCAUCAAUAUCAACGAGCUGGCCCUGCACACACGGAUCGCCUCCACUCCUUCGGGCGAAACAUGGCGCGGACGGUGGCAGAAGAACGACAUCGUGGCUAAGUUCAUAGCAGUGCGUGAAUGCACGCCGAGGAUACAGCGCGACUUCAAUGAAGAGUUUCCGAAGCUCAGGAUCUUCUCGCAUCCAAACAUCUUGCCUGUGGUAGGCUGCUGCGUAUCGCCGCCAUCCCUAAUAGUCAUCUCGCAAUACAUGUCGUGGGGCUCCCUCCAUUCAUUACUGCACGGCGGCGCGGGCGGGCGCGUGGUGGUGGACGCGGGCGCGGCGCUGCGGCUGGCGGCCGACGUGGCGGCGGGCAUGGCGUACCUGCACAGCCUGCCGCGCGACCCCGCCGCCGCCGUCUACCAGCUCAACAGCAAGCAUGUUAUUAUCGACGAGGACCUGACCGCCCGCAUCAACAUGGCGGACGCGAAGUUCUCGUUCCAAGAACGCGGGCGCGUGCACUCGCCGGCUUGGAUGGCGCCCGAGGCCUUGCAGAAGCCGCCGCAUAAGCGCAAUACUGAGGCGGCCGAUAUGUGGAGCUUCGCUGUGCUUCUGUGGGAGCUGGCCACUAGGGAGAUCCCCUUCGCCGACCUAUCUCCCAUGGAGUGCGGCAUGAAGAUAGCCCUGGAAGGGCUCCGCGUGUCGAUCCCAGCCGGCGUCAGCGCCCACGUGGCCAAGCUGAUCCGCAUCUGUAUGCACGAGGACCCCGGCAAGCGGCCGUCCUUCGAGAUGCUGCUGCCUAUACUGGAGAAGAUGAAGCGCUGAUCGCACGAUUUGGAGUCUGAAAUAUGAUGAAGAUACAAGAAGCUAUUUAAAAUUAUGAAGCCUAGCCUGAGAUAAAUGUAUUGUGUUAAGAGCCAAAACAUCUUUUAACAAUACUGCAUCAUGAAAAUUAUGUAAAAUUAUGUUUUUGGCACUUAGCUCAUUCAAUUAUUUUGUUCAUAAAUCCUUAUUUAGAGAAUCGUUUCUUUUUAUACAGUGUUGUGUGAAACCUAUUUGCCAAUUUUAUUUUAUUCAGGAAUUCCUCAAUGUGUAUGUAACAAUCUGUUUAGUAAUAAUUUUGUAGAUAUAUUUUUUUACAUUUCACAAUUAAAUUAUGUAUCUGUGAAAUGAUAUCAAUAACCAACUAAAACUGUGUAAUAAUGAUGUGCCACGAUACCAGAGAGUUUAAAUAUUAU